UACAUAUGCUGAGUGCUCUUGAGGAGCUUCAUAGGUCACUGAACAAUACAUUGAACAGCCGUCUCACCAUCAUAAAAAGAGGUAAUAGCAACAGUCGCAAUUCAGGAAAAAAGAAUAAAAUGCUCACAGAAGGUAACGUGAAAUCAACAACAGUGUCAUCUGUGGUCAGCAAAGGUGCUUCACCAAGGGCUAGCACUGACCAAGUGGAUCCCAAACUCCUGAAUGGAAAGGCAUUCAAAAAGUCUUUGCCAUCAACUCCCAAGAAAACUAACAAGAGAGUUUGCUUCUGGAAAUACUGCUCUCAGAAUUAAGCAUAUCUCACACUUCAAUAUCACGUUCUAACAUGACCCCAUGCUCAUCAGCAAGCAAAUCUACAGUCGCGUCUAAUUGAUGCGUCAACAACAU